AGACAAUUGAGAACCUUCAUCGUGAAUGUUAAUAAUUGCAAACUUUAUUUAAAAAAAAUGAAGGAUUGUCUGCAGCCAAGUGAAACAUGUUUGUGUUGAACAUGACUCAGCUUCUUUGGUGGAUUUCACUUUGUAGGAUGUCCCUCUUGACAAAUCUGCAGCUGACCUUUCAGUGGUACACAGAGAGUUUCCAGUUUGUCAGCAGAGGGUGUGGUGUGAGUGCACAUGUGGGGUCAGAGCUCUUCAGCACUUCAAAUUCUCUUUAUACAAGCCAGGGAGGCACCAUUGAAAUUAGACCAAAGGACAUCCGGGCUUGAAGGUGGAGACCUUCAAAGUAUCGCGGUCCCCGACCGGCAAAGAUGUGACAACUUCCUGUUUACUCCAGUGCAGUUCUUGUUCUUCUCUUCUUUGCUGUCAUAGGAAGACAGAGUGAAUCCUUUUAUCUCUGAGCCUUGUUCCUCCGUUCAACCUUCUCUGAGCCACGUACACCUCAACUUCUCCCCUUUCAUCCCUCCUUUAAACCCUCACAGCAUAACCUCUCUCUGUAAAUGAAAUAGAAAAAAGUAAACAGAAUCGAAACUGCUUGUCUAUUUUUCACAAAUGACUGCCAUUGCAAUGAGCAGUCUGUUUAAAUCACAGACUCUUAACCGGAAGUUUUUCAGCUAAGAGCAGCAGUUUCCUUUCAGGGUGAAGAUAUGGGGAACAAAAAUAGUCCAAACCUCUGAUAGGCUGAUACAUAUUCAUACUAAAAAGAGGAAGAGCUGUGCAGCUGCGCAAAGCAGCGUGUGUUUUUCACCUUGGGCUGUGAUGCUACAUGUUGUGUGGGGGAUGUAAGGGACGGUUUCUGAUACCUCCACCAACUUCUUUCUUGUGGUGUUUCAUAGCACGAUCCAGGAGUGUGAAUCCUACGGAGGGAGGCCAGUGCCCGGCCUCGCCGCGUUCCUCCAGAUCCAUGGAGAGGCCACUGAAGGCCGGCUGGCUGAAGAAACAACAGAGGUCUCUGGUGAAAAACUGGCAGCAGCGCUACUUUGUGCUGAGAGGAAGCACUUUGACCUACCACAAAGAUGACAAGGAGACGACCGUGCAGGGAGUCAUCCAGCUGCGAUUCAGUAAAGUUAAUGAACUUCCCCCGAGCUCCGAUGACCCGGGGAAACAUCUUUUUGAGAUCAUUCCACGUUCAGGUGGAGACAGAGAGCGAUGUCCGUUUGUGUUCAUGGCAAACUCCCAGAGUGACCUGGAUGACUGGGUCCGUACACUGCGCAAAGUCAUUGGAGUACCAGCAAGCGGAGUAUUUGGAAAGAGUCUCAUUGACACUAUGAUGUAUGAAAAGCGCUUUGGGCCUAACACGGUGCCGAUCCUGGUGCAGAAAUGUGUGGAGUUUAUCAAACAGCAUGGGCUGGACGAGGAGGGCAUCUUCCGCCUCCCUGGUCAGGACAAUGCUGUAAAACAGUUCAGAGAUGCCUUUGAUGCAGGAGAGAGGCCCUCCUUCCCCAGUGACACGGAUGUCCACACGGUGGCGUCACUGCUCAAACUCUACCUGAGGGAGCUUCCUGAACCUGUGGUGCCCUGGACUCAAUACCAGGACUUUCUGGACUGCACCAACAUGCUGGACUCAAACAGCAAAGAGGGGUGGGCGAGGCUGGAGCAACAAAUCGUUCUACUGCCCAGACUCAACUACAACCUUCUUGGAUACGUUUGUCAGUUUUUGUUUGAAGUGCAGCUCCACUCCAGCGUCAACAAGAUGAAUGUAGAAAACUUAGCUACUGUGAUGGGGAUAAACCUGCUCAAACCUCAGAUAGAAGAUCCCUUCAGCGUGAUGAAGGCCACUCCUCAGAUCCAGAAGCUGAUGACAGUGAUGAUCAGACAGCAUGAGAGUCUGUUUCCUCCCUCCAAAGACCCUCCUCCCUCCUCUCCCCCUGCUAAGUCUGCAAACCAGAAUAACAGUCCUCGUAGUUUUGUGGGCUGGGAGUCUGCAGAGAUGGGUGAUGCCUUUAUGUCCGAGUCUCUCAAAGAAGAGGAAGAUGAUGACAGUCCAGAUCCACCUACAGGGAAAAUCUGCCCACGGACAGAUGGUCAGGAGCCUUUCUCCCCCAACACAGAUGAGGGUCAAGGAAGUCCCCGCAAGCGCACUCAGACCCUUCCCACCUUCGUUUGCCCCCUCACCGGGAUGGCUGCCAAGGCAGACGCCCUCAACAAAUGGAGCAAGAUUCAGGAGAGCGGGGAAGAGAGGAGCGGGACUUUGUCGGAAGACAUUUUUAAAAUACUAGACCUGCGAGGCCCAUUUUUAGGAGGCUCCCAGUUCAGCAAAAAGGAAGAGGAUGACAGGUCUGUGACCCGGAGAAGCAGCGAUGGCACCGUGUCUUCUAAUGCUGGCCCCCAGGCACCUGAAAGUGACUCCCAACCUACACGGGGGCUGUCUGAUCAGAAAAGUGCAGACGUCUCAAAGGAGGGCAACACAGGGGUGCAGGUCAACAGCAGACCACAACAGAAGGAAAAGCAGCUGCAUCUUGCAGAGAGCUUGCAGAAGGAGAACAUGGAGCUGAAGGCCAACGUGUUGGAGCUCCAGGCUGCUUUGGAGGCAGAGCGCCGCCGUGUGGCUGCUCUGGAGAUCUGCCUUAAAAAUGCAGAACGCAGUCGGGACGAGGCUCAGAAGCGCAACAACGAGCUGCAAAGAGACAUUCAGCAGUUUCUUAUCACACAGAAACAAGCUCCAACUUAAGCCAAUCUUUCCCCCAUCUAUUUUAACGACUCAGAUCAUUUCAACAGACUGGAGCUGCUCAUCCAUCGUCCUCUUCCUGAUGUUGGGUUUUCUCUCCAUUUGUUUGUACUCCCUUUAGGGGUCGCCACAGCGAACUGAGCUACAAUUCGCGCUCAUGGUUUUAACGUUUUAGACUGAUGGCCUUACUUACCCAACCCUCUGAAUUUACUGUACCCAGGCUUGGGUCCAGCAAAUGGAAAUGCUGGAAAGUGCCCCUAUAUGGUGGUUGUAAAUUACAGCACCUGGACGUCUUCCAUCCAAGAACUAACCAGGCCCAGAUAGGAUGAGGGUCAAGCUUGUCCAGAGUGGCGCAGUCAGGUUUUUUUUUUUGGCUUCUGUUUUAUCUUGAACAUAAGUUAUUGGGAUCUAUUUUUUGUGCAUGUGAAAAAAAAAAUCUGUGAAGUAGAGAUUUAAAUUGGGUCAAGAAUGAGACAAGAAAUGUCAUGAUGUACAAGAAUAAAAAUGAAAAACAAUAAACAAAAUUAGGGUCAGCAAACUGGAUAUAAAGAAUACCCCUAAAAAAUAU